AAAGGAUAGCAGGAGACUUAAAUAGCUUUCUCAAAACUAAAUUUCAUGUGAAAUUUAUGGAAUUCCUAGGAUUUGCACAUUUUUGGGAAAGUGGAAUAGUGAGACUCAAAUGAGAAACUGCAUUGUGUGGAUUGCUUUUUACUUGAUUUCUACUGGAAUAAGUAUCUCUCAGUGAAGGUCUUUCCUCAGGUCACUGAAUUGAGUUUUAAGGUGCUAUAACACAUUAUAAUAUCCAUUCUUGCCUGUGGUGGGGAUGUCCCUCAGGGUUUCUCUGCCGUGCCAGUCACAGAGGCAAUGACUGCUGGUGUGAGCUAAAAGCAGCCCUGAGUUUCCUCCUGCCCUCUCGCAGGCACCACUCUGCAUCCCCCCACAGACAGUGGGACACGGCAGGAGCCACCAGGGAAGGGAACUUGCCUGAAGCUGGCAGCCGUGAAACCUCUGAGGCUGGCAGCCCCUGUUGGUGUGGAGAUGAUUGUGAGAAAGCAGGGGAGCGGUGCAGGAAAAACCCCAAAUAUCUUGGGUGAGAACCCAUAACAACUCAAAUAGGAAAGGGGACGUUGCUGCUGAUUUUUAAAACUUAUGUGCUAAUGUCAGAACUUGCUCUGGAUGAAAGGGGCGAGAGAUGAGAGAGCAAAUGCCCUUGUGGGCUGUGAGAUGAGUUUGGUUAGGGGAGGAGGAGAGGUGUACACAUCGGAGAAUUGCAGGCAGGAAAACCACAUCAGGGGCGUGCAGGUGACCUGUGUAAGGCUGCCUGCAUGGCUGCUCUCAGCUCUGCUUUUCCAGUCACUGGGUGUGAUCUGCAGGCAGGGAAGGUUUCCCCAGAGGGCCCCUCCCCACUUCCAGAGCACUCACAAAUCACCCAGGCUCACGCAAGGCUUCGUGUGGAAAUGGAACUCAGCACAGGAUGGGCCAGCAGCCCUGGGAAGGGUGAUGGGAGAUGGCAACAGCUGAACAGGACACAGGUUUCUGUUGGGAUACAAUAUUGAAUGUUUUUGAAUUCAUUUCUGUUUAAUUUUUUUCUCAUUUUGUUGUUUUUUUUAUCAUGUUUUUCUUUGGGUUUCUCUCUGUUUUACAGUUCUUUUGGGCUCUUCUUUUGAGGCUGUGUUUGAUGCGUUGGCUUCCCAUCCGCUGCUCGUAACCAUCUCUGCUAUGAGUUGUGAGUGAGCCAUCACCAUGCUUCUGGGUUUUCAUUUUGCCUCGCAACGUUGCUGGCUUCCGAGGAACCGUCCGCUACGCCUCUGUGAAUGCACACAAAAACAGGGAGAUGGGCAGGCACGAUGAUCUGUGGUCCCUCUUUUACAUGUUGGUGGAGUUUGCUGUUGGUCAGCUUCCCUGGAGAAAGAUCAAAGAUAAGGAGCAGGUUGGCAUGAUAAAAGAGAAGUACGAACACCGAAUGCUGCUAAAACACAUGCCUUCAGAGUUCCACCUCUUCCUGGAUCACAUUGCAAGCCUAGACUACUUCACCAAGCCAGACUAUCAGCUAAUCAUGUCGGUUUUUGAGAACAGCAUGAAAGAAAGGGGCAUCACUGAAAAUGAAGCCUUUGACUGGGAGAAGGCUGGUACAGAUAUCUUGUUGUCCACUAGCACCUCAACUCCACCACAGCAGAACACCAGGCAAACAGCAGCCAUGUUUGGGGUGGUUAACGUCACUCCGGUCCCCGGGGACCUGCUCCGUGAGAACACUGAGGAUGUCCUCCAGGGGGAACACCUGAGUGAUCAGGAGAAUGCUCCUCCCAUGCUGCCAGGUCGGCCGCUGGAAGGCCUUGGGCAGGCUCCAAACACGGCUUUCAACGAGGGUGAAGUCUGGGAAGAGACAGACGUGAACCGCAACAAACUCAGGAUCAGCAUCAGCAAAACUCAGUGCAUGGUGGAAGAGGAGCAGAGAAACGGGGUGUGCCCCAGCUCCCCUGUCCGAGUGCCUCCGGAGUCCCCGACCGCACAAGUGCGCUCCCUCCGCUACCGCCGCGUCAACAGCCCCGAGUCAGAGCGGCUCUCCACGGCUGACGGAAAAGCAGAUCCGCACGAAAGAAGGUCCCGGAUGGACAUCCCCGGCUCCCCGUCGCGGCUCGUGUGCUCGUCGCAGCCAGCCCAGAUGCUGUCCAUCGACACGGGCCAGGCCGACCGGCAGGCCAGCGGCAGGAUGGACGUGUCCGCCUCCGUGGAGCACGAGGCGCUCAGCAACGCCUUCCGCUCGGUGCCGCUGGCCGAGGAGGAGGACUUCGACAGCAAGGAGUGGGUCAUCAUCGAUAAGGAGACGGAGCUGAAGGACUUCCACCCCGGAGCUGAGCCGAGCACCUCUGGAACCACGGAUGAGGAGCCCGAGGAGCUGAGGCCUAUCGAGGAUGGGGAGGAGAGGAGGCGCCUGGGGGCGGAUGCUGCGGUGAGGCCCAAGACUCACGACGGGCGAAGUCGGGGUAUGCUGCCUGUGACUGAGGAGGACAGUUCCCAUAGGCAUGAAGGACCUUCCCAAACAGUGUCUGACAGUAGACACGAACAGCAGACAGGAAGUCCAGCCCACUCCCCCCUACAUUCAGCACCAGCUCUCCGACAAAGGAGACGAGAAUCUGAACCCACUGGUCCUCAGAGACAGGCAUACAUGCUGAAGUCAUUUGAAAUGAAUGGCCUGCCCAAGGCAGUCCCUUUAAGUUUGCCUUACCAAGACUUCAGAAAAGAUAUGUGCAACUACUGGGAAAAGCCGAGGUUAUCCCAGCGGAUAAAGAAAGUUGAUUUCUCAAAUAUUGUCUUGACUGCCCCUUGCAAACCUCUGGAACCUUAUCUGGAAAUGAAUGGAAAAGAGGAGGAGGAGGGAGAGGAGGAGGAGGAAGACUACGAGGAGGAGGAAGAUGAGCAGGAUGAGGGAGAGGAGGAGGAGGAGGGCAAUGAGAUUGACAUGCACAGCGAUUCCAGCAGCGACCUGAGUCAGAAGAGCACGGAGCGCAGCCAGGAGUGCGCGCCGUCCACGCUCCUGGCUGAUGACCAGAAGGGGUCCAAGGGUCGAGCGUCCACUGCUGAUGGGGACCUGGAGCUGGAGGAAGGCUCAAAAACAUUAGUGCUGUUUUCACCAGGUGAUCUGAAGAAGUCUCCAGUGGCCGCAGACUUACCUCCAGAGGUCGAUCUGGGCACUCUUGCCGCACUGACACCUCAGAGCGAGCGGCCGCAGCCCAUGGGGAGCCAGCUGGACGUGUCUGAGCCAGGGACCCUGUCCUCAGUCCUGAAAUCUGAACCAAAGCCUCCCGUGGCAGUGGCUACCGCCUCCUCCCCGUUCACCAAAGUCGAGCGCACGUUUGUGCACAUCGCUGAGAAGACCCACCUGAACGUGAUGUCGUCCAGCGGGCAGCUGAUGCGGCACGAGGAGCACGGCCCCGCGGGGCAGUUCGAGGAGGUCAUCGUCGAGGAGGAGCUGGAGGACAACCUGGCGCUGGUGGAGAACGGGAGCAUUCACUCCGGGCUGGAGGGGGCAGAGACUGAGAGCUGCGUGCUCUCCGUCAAUCCCGUCGAGACCGCCUCGGAGGCGGCGGGGGCGCAGCCGGCCCUUCCCAACGGCGUGCCAAAGCUUCCCGAGGACAGGCCGGAGCUCCCCGGCAAAGCGGGGCUCUCGCUGGAUCUGGAGGAGCCUGACAAGGUGGCUCCAAGGGAGCCUGGCCUCGAGAAGGCAGCGUCGGUGACGGAACACCUGAAGCGAGCAGAGACCCUCCCCGAGACACCGCAGCAGGGCCCCAGGAGGCCGCCGGGCUCCAGGUAUAGAAGUCGGAUACCCAUUUUGUUCUCUGAGGAGGACACUGGCUCAGACCUUUCCACUUCACUCUCGGCCAAAGAAAGGCUUUAUAAGAGGGCAAAGCAGCCCGACCUGGCUCGCCUGGUGAUGGAGAAGAGACAGAGCCGCCUGCUGCGGCUGGCCUCGGGUGCCUCCUCCUCGGCCUCCUCCAGCGACGAGCGGCGCCGAGCCUCCGAAACCCUGUCAGCCACCGGCUCCGAGGAGGACACCCAUGACUCUGAGGACUCCAUCCCACGGAAGGGAGGGAAGAAGGCUGCGCUGCCGGGCAGGGAAGAGAGAGCCACAAGCACAAGAAGCAGAAUUCCUCGUCCUAUCGUGCCAGUGAAAACCCCGCUGGAGGUGGGGAGGUCGGAGGGCUCUGUGGCCACUGCAGUGGCAGGGCUGUGCAGCUCCCCGCAGGACGCAGCUGCUGCCUGCAGGCUUCAGACACAGAGACCAGCUGGAAGUGUCCCAUGCGAGGGCCGAACAACACAAAGUCGGCUUCCGUCGUCACCGAGUUCCACUUCUCUUCCUCCCCGGAGCAGCUCGCAGAGGUCCGGUGGCGCAUCCCCUCGGAGCCCUGUCCUUUCCUCCAGGAACCCCAGUACUUCCCCCAGAAGCCAGCUGCUGCCUCGGAGGGAAAGCCCUUCUCCCUGCCGACAGCACAAACCAGGGACUGCUCCUCAGCGAGUUCCUCCUUCCCCCCGACCUCAGCCCUCAGCUCAGGCCCCGGCGCCUACAGGAGAUUCCCUGCCAUCUCCUGGCGUGGCCAAAAAACGACAACGAGGCAAAACCCAGACUCAAAGUCCAGCAACCAAAGGAAAGCAGGUGUCCCUGGAAAGUAAGGCAGCUGCCAGAUAAUGACCUUCUUCUGCGAGCCCAGCAGACUGGGUACCUUGUGCAUAUAGUAUACACUCGAGAUGCUGCAGCACAGCCUUCCACGCUGGACCCACGAGUGUAUGGCAGUAGCUGUACUUGAAUGCUUCACUCACUCUCACCCCACACCGCCGCCAGCUCCCACGGGCCUGGCAGCUCCCACGGGCCUGGCAGCCCCCACGGGCCUGGCAGCUCCCACAGGCCUGGCAGCCCCCACGGGCCUGGCAGCCCCCACGGGCCUGGCAGCCCCCACGGGCCUGGCAGCCCCGCGCCACGGAGCCUUUCCCAGGGAGACACCCCGCCCGCAGCUCGCCCACGCACAGCACCGUGACCCAGGCAGCCUGCCCGCGCCUCGCCUGCCGCCCUGCCCAGGCUCCCCUCUCUCUGAGCAAUACCGCUCCUCAGCACCGCCUCCAGCCCUGGGGAGAGGAGCACAGGUGACCAGAGAAAGGCCUGCUGAAGAGGAAGGCUCCUGGCCUUCAGGCAGCUUCUUCCUUUCUCCGUGCUGGGAAAACGCCAGCCGUGGUCGCCACCACCUCCCUGAGUGUGGGCUCACCUCCCACCCCUGUGUUAGCAAGGGAUUGCCACUGGCUUCUUUGAGAGGGGUGCAUGUGAGAUGAGAGAAGGGUAAGGAGGAGAGGGCUCUUCUCCCCAGAGAUGCCUCUACAGGUGGGAAUUAGAGACAGGCAGGUCUUGCUGGAUGCUCCUGCCUGCUCCAGUGUGUCCCACAGAGGAGGCUGUCUAGCAUUGCUGCUCAGACACGGCUGCUGCCUCAGCAGAUGCCUGCGUGGUGAGUACUUAGGUGUAAGUAGGGAUGUGUUGGCAGCUUGCUGGGAAAUCAAGAGCUCUUGCUAAUUAAUGUAGAAGGGAGCACACUGCAGCCACUUGUGUCACAAAUGCCAAGCUGUGAUCUGUGGACACUGCAUCCCCCAGCGAGGGUGGUUCCUCUCAGCCUGAGCGUGGUUGGUGCCACAGCCCUGCAGUCCACCAAACACAGCUCCACCGUGAGGAUGUGAAUAGUCACUGGAUGCCUUUAGCCUGGGUGCCCCCUGCACCUGAGUUCCUUGUGUUUUACUGUCACACUCUUGGUGUUUGUGAAUUUUGGCACUGUUCUUGGAAGUUCCCCUACCUGGCAGGGUGAGAAAUUAUUAUCCUGUAGUACACCCAAACCUGCAGCUUUGCAAUGAGAGGCUCGCUGGCGUGCCGUGGCCAUGGGCAUUUCUAUCUGAGGGGACAGAGGGUUGAGUGGCAGAGGUGGGGUUUAUGUCCUGUCCUUGGUGCUCACCUCUGCCACGCAUUGAGGAUAAACAGUGUGAAUGUAAAAACAGAGGCUGUGCUCUUCAAGUAAUAUUAUCUGAGCAGAAGCUUAACACUCAGCUAGAACUAAAUCAACCAACUUCCAGCCCCCAGACUCACUAGGAAGGCUUGAAAGUGAAAGCAAGGAGGACUGAUACCUGUCUGAUCUUGAUGAGAUCUUGAAGUACACAAUCUUUUCCCCACACCUCACAGGAGAAAACACUCCAGACCCAAAUACUUUGUGCUUCACACCAUUGUCAUGCCUAAAAGAGGCUUUGCAUGAGGCAGAACAAAAAUACAGCUGCUCUGUACACCCAUGCCUGCAGUUGCAACUGCCUGCAAAUAUUUAUAUUUGCAGACAAAAAAGCUUGACAGAGGAAUCUGAGCAGUAAUAACCUUGAUUCAUUUGAACAUGAAUGCAAAGAGUCACAGUGUUGGCCAUGGAGUUCAGGGAAUCCUGAGGCUGCUCAUACCUACAGGAGUUCUGGAAAGGAGUGUGAGAGCUGUGACAGGGUGGCUGGGAGAAAAGGGUACUCCCUGCACACCUGAACAGGGAAACGUGUAGAAACAGGAGACAGGAAUUACCUCUUCACAUGACAGUCUCAGUGUUGCCAACACUAAGAAUUUAUUUCACCUAGCUCAGAGUGUUUUUCUUUGACGUGGUUCCCCCUGGUCAAGCAGCACAGCUUAGUCUGAAAACAUACCCUCAUCUUUGCAGAGCAGCACUGGGAGCUCAGAGGGAGCUCAGGCUGUGGCCUGAUGGACUGAGCUGGUGUUGCCAUCAAAAGCAACACCUCUCCAAGUCCCAGCUGCUUCAUUGCACAGUUCCACCCCAUUUACACUGCAGCAGCUCUUUGAUAAAGGGGCUGGAAAUGCUGGUCCAGCACGACACACACUGCUCUGGUUCGCCAGUUUGGUUUUCAUCUGGUUCAUGUCAUCACUGGGUCACCAUCUGGUCACACAACAGAAGGACACACGGGGACUGUGACCACUUCUUCUGGUGGCUCUGUAACUUUCUCUGAGUUUGAAAUAUGGGUCAUUCUGGAACCUAAGUAUGUGCUGCAGGUUCAGAAACCAGAAAACAGAGUAAACUCAAAGACAGAUUCUUUCCAAAAAUAUAAAUCAUAAUGGGGCUCCUAUUAAUUUAUUGGAGGUCUAAUAAUUUUAGAGUGCUCAGAUGGUAAGACUUGGUUGUGAAGCCUUUACCAGAUGAUCCAUCCAGGUCUUAAUGCAGUUGCCAAAAAUUACAAUGAAAGAGCUUUGAAAGAGGCCUACAGGACUGUUAACAGGGUUUGCAAACCUGCCUCAUCAUGGGAAGCCAGUAAAGCACAAUCAGUGUAUUUGUUCAGGAAAAUGUUUAAAGGACAGUUGUCUGUGGCCCUGUGUCAGGGAGGAAGCUCCAAGGCAGACACAAGGCUGGACAGGGCCCUGAGCAUCCUGAUGUAGUGGAAGGUGUCCUGCCUGUGGCAGAAGGGCUGAAACUGGAUGAUCUUUAAGGUCUCUUCCAACCCAAACCUUUCUGUGGUUCUGUGGUUCUGUGCUCUUCCUCUGGCGUGUGGAAGCAGGGAAGUCAGAGCAGCCGAGAACAGCAGGUGAAGAAAUCAGGCAGGCUUUUAACUGUGAAGCAACCAUCCAGUGAAGUCUUUCACAGGACUGUGGGGACUUUUCUUAUUAAAAGGUUUCUGUGAAACUGAGCUGUCUUCAGAGAGGUCUAUCUACCAUGACCCGACCAAAAGAAGCAGGCAGGGUUCUGGUGACACCGAGGUAUCAUCUCUCCGUGGUGCAGUAGGUUCCUGGUCCCACUGGGAUAUGUGCCAAAGCUGGUGCAUACUGAGCUCCCUGAGAGGUCCCACGGGUUUCAGAAAGCCAGGGAAGGAUGGCCAGCACAGAAGAUAACAGCUGUUCCCAGGGCUGUUUGACAGGGCUGGGCUGAGGGUGCAGCUGGGUCCGUAGAGACCUGAGACCAGCGUGAGUCACCUCCCCUCGUGGUUGUGCUGCCAGACCCCUGCUCCUGCACAGCCCUGCUGUGACUCCCGUGCAAGCUCUGCGAAGCCUCGAGGGCACAGGGCUCUGCUGAAGCACUGCUGGGCUGUGGGGCUCUGUCCUUGCAGGUGAUUGUGCCUGUGUGUGUUUUGAGGGAUCUCCUGGGACAGGCCACCGUUGUUCCUUCAUCUGUGCGUUCGUCUGCAGGGGUGGGGAGAGACAGGUCUCGUUCAUCUGUGCUGGGGCUACAAGAGUCUUUUUGUUACUGCUGGUGUCGUGCUGAGCCUCACUCUGCAGGGGCUCCCUGGCUGGUGGGAAGGAGCCCGUGGCUGCUGGCUGGCCAGGAGAAACGUGGGUACAGGGGGGAUGUGCCAAGUGGGGCAUCUGGAAGGCUGUUCCAGCACUGAGCCACUAUGGCAGUGGAUUAUCUCAGCAGAGGGAGAGAAAGGACAGAUGGCACCAGUCAGACUGAUGCUGCUGAGAGGCUCAAACACAUGCAGGGAUGGAGCUGCUUAACUGAUUUGUCUGACUGGCAGCACAGGCACUUCUGCCUGCCUUGGUGCAAAGGUGUUUCGGUAGCAAAUACCUCUGGCUCAGUUGUGCUUGGAAUCAGUGAGAGGCAGGAGACUUUGCUUGCCCUUUUUAAAGUAAAGAAUAUUAUAAUAUAUAUUAUUAUAACAAUAUAAGUAGUGACCAUUAUAUAUAGCGACUAAAGGUUAAAAAGGAUCCUGCUACCUUCGGGGAAGUCUCAUCUGUGACUUCAGAUGUGUGCAGGGCUGACUGCUGUGUGCAGUGAGUGUGGAUGGGGGAACAGGGGAACUCUACCAAAGUGCAUGCCAGCUGUGAGGCUCCACCUGCCUGAGCACAAACCAGGGCCAAGCACGCCAGCCUGGGGGGCUGGCAGCCAUCCUGCUUGCCACCAGACAGACCUGCAGCAGCUGCUGGACAGACACACAGCCCUGUGGGGCAUGACCAGGGUCUGGAGUGUCGCUGUUCACAUGGCUGCCCUGGCUAACACAAGCACUGAGCGUUUGGGGGUGGAAGUUUUGAUCCAAAGCAGGUUGUGUUGGGGCAAGAAAAUCUUCCACGUUUCUCCUUUCCAACACAGAGGUGUUUUCUCGCUGUAGACCCUGUGUAAGGAGAGGGUCCCUGACAGCCUGGGCAGCUCCAGCAGCAGCUCAGUGGUCCCUCAGCACACUUCUUUCUUCUCUGCAUAGUUUAUUGACCCACAGCAGGAUCCCACCAUUAUUCCUCGUGCACAGACACCAGUGCCCACCCAAGGCCUUGCCCCACACAUCAGUCACCUGCAGUUAAAUGAAUCCUGUGGGCACAGUAAAAGUCCCAUUGUGAACAUGAUGAGUUUGGUAUCAAAUGGGUUUCUUCUGGCUGAACUGGAACAUGCCAGCUGGUGUGGAGACUCCCUGAGCACUGGGGCUGGUAGCUUUGCAAGGGUGGGGAGCAGCUGUGCCUGCAGGCUGAGCUGAGCUCUGAUCCCAAGUACAGCCAGUCCCAUGUCCCAAAUGACAGAGAUUUAUCCACCGUCACUCUCCUGUCCCUUCAUGCCUGAUGUAGCUCCUGCAGCAGAUCUUGAGUCACUGUCUGUUCCCACCGGGUCAGUCCCCUCUGCCUGGGUUCUGCAGAGCCUGAGGCAGACUUGGCCUUCAGCCUGUCCCCCAUGCAGGCCAGUGCGCUGGGGCAUGGCGAGGAACAUUAUCCCUUUUAUUUCUGGAGCUGCAAAGGGCUGGAAAGCAGGUUUAAAGAGAACACUGAUGCCCUCUGUGCUGAAAGGAGGAAGGGAGCGACCAAAGCAAAUCCAGAGCUGGGUUCCUGGUAGGGACCAAGACAAUAAUUCCUCCUGCUCUUAGCUCUGAGCCAGAGGGGCCUCGGGGGUGGGAGCUCUGCUUUGGCAAAGAUACCGCGGGACUGGUGCCAGCCCAGUGCUGCUGUGGCUGCUGUGCCUCUGGCUGGGCCCGUACUGCCCUGCCUGAGCGCAGGGAGCUCUGGCACGGGUUCCUGGAGGAGGCUGGGGCUGGUGUUUCCUCGGGAAUCACGGCACAGACUUGGGAGCACCCCUGCAGAGGGCGGGAUGAGCCCUGCAGGACGUGGGGGCACCCCUGUGUGUGAAGCCAGUGUGGGCAGGACUGCUGUGCUGUGGGACCUGCUGCUUCUUCUCCAGACAGGAAUUGGAAACACAGAUAAUUUUAUAUAUCUCCUUUUAACACGAUAGCAUGUGACUCUUCACUCAGACGUCGUACCCGGCGCACCGAGGUUUUCCCUCGCCGCUGGCACACUCUGGAGACAGGACUGCUGCUCCGUGGUACUGCCUGCCUGGAAAUGUGACUGAAUCCCAAGGCUAAAUCUCUCUACAUAUCUUCUUUGCAUUCUUUAGGAAAGCAGCUGGAGAAUGUUUACACACUGCAAACAGAAUGUAGGACUCCGACCGAGGAACCACAAUCUGGUUCAACUGCAUGGCAAAUUUCUUGGCCAUAAAAUCUGGCAUGCAUCACAGAAGCCCUGUCUGUGUACAGACCCACCUGGCAUUUGUCUUAAUUUCAGAUCACAUCUUAAAAAAAAUAAACAAUUAUGCCAUUUCUUCUUCAUAUCAGA